UAGCGAUCGGACGGCUCGAGAGGCACACAGCCAGCCGAGCCGACCCGGUUCCUCUAGCGCUGGCUCCUCAACCGGCCGCCACCCGCGCUGCCGCCGCUGUUCUUCCUCUUCCGCGCCGCCGCCGAGCGUGUCGAUGCUCCGGAUAGCCUCUCGCUCGGUUUUACUUGGUGGGAGGAGAUGCUACAGCGCCGCCGCGAAGGGCGGCCCCUCGAUCGCUGGCGUAGGAGACAUCAUCGCGGUUGCCUCCGGGAAAGGCGGCGUCGGCAAAUCCACCACUGCAGUGCAGUUAACAUUGCUGCAGCACUUGCCAAGGAGUUUCGGCUUAAGGUUGGCUUGCUUGAUGCUGACAUAUAUGGGCCAUCCAUUCCCACAAUGAUGAAUCUUCAUGCUAAGCCUGAAGUAAGUGAAGACAUGAAGAUGAUUCCUGUUGAGAACCAUGGAGUACGAUGCAUGUCCAUUGGUUUUCUUGUAGACAACGAUGCGCCAAUUGUUUGGAGAGGUCCUAUGGUAAUGAGUGCUCUUGAGAAGAUGACAAGAGGAGUAGCUUGGGGGAACCUUGAUGUUCUUGUUGUUGAUAUGCCCCCAGGCACUGGUGAUGCUCAACUGUCGAUGUCCCAAAGGCUUCGGUUAUCUGGUGCUUUAAUUGUUUCAACUCCUCAAGAUGUUGCUCUAAUUGAUGCUAGGAGAGGAGCCAACAUGUUUCGUAAAGUUCAAGUUCCUAUUCUGGGGUUAGUAGAGAAUAUGAGUUGCUUUAAGUGCCCAAAAUGUGGUGAGAAGUCAUACAUUUUUGGGGAAGGAGGAGCUCAGAGAACUGCAAAGGAAAUGGAUAUGAAAUUACUUGGUGAGAUACCCCUUGAAAUCAGCAUCAGAACAUGUUCCGAUGAAGGCACGCCUGUUGUCAUAUCUUCACCAAACUCGGCAUCAGCGCAAGCCUACAUACAUGUUGCUGAGAAGGUCACUCAGAGGCUCAAGGAGUUGGCCGAGGAGCGACCGAUGGGCCCAGAAAUCUUGCUUUGAGGAUUCAGAUGCCCAUGUGAGCAAAAUUUCCUGUUUGUUGAAAACCUUUUCGAGAUACGCCGAGUGGCAAAUGUUGUACUGAAAAGUAGAGCGCUCUUGCAAGAAACUUGCGAUUUCAUCAAUGCGACUGAAAUUUUACUCGAAUAAACCCUUGUUGCCAAACUUGGCUUUGGCAUGUUCA